AUGUGCAAAACUAUUCCCCGAGGUAAAACUAAACACUAUCGAGUGUUACUAUUCCCCGAGGCAAGACUAAACAUUAUCGAGUGUUUUGUUAUUCCCCGAGGCAAGACUAAACACUAUCGAGUGUUUUGGUGUCCCCGAGGCAAAACUAAACACUAUCGAGUGUUUUGGUCUGAACAUCUUGAGGAACCGAAAAGAAAGCGAGACGGCCCUCGCAACACUGCUGUUUAG